AUGUCUAAAAGAAAAGAUAACUAUUCAGUAUUUGUUGGACACCUGUCCCAGUCAACUAAGAAGGAAGAUUUGACUGGAUUGUUUUCAAAAUGUGGGAAGAUAGUGGAAAUAUUUACUCUUAAGUCUGAAGAUCAAAAUUAUGCGUAUGGGUUUGUUCGAUAUGCAAAAAAGGAUUCCGCCCUUCAAGCUGUUCAAGAACUAGACAAAUGGCAAAUGAAUGGGUUACCUAUGAUAGUUGAUUUAUCAAGAGAGACCAAAGAUAGAAUAGAAGAAGAAGAUGAAUUGGAAGGACGAGGAACAAGUAUGUCUAAAACACCACCAGAGAAUCAAGAUCGUUAUAAAAAAUGCGACAAUAGUCGAGGUUAUAUUGAAGAUGUUAUUAACUUGUCACGCUUGCAGGAGUGUUGUCAUCAAAUUAAUGCAAGGACUAUGCAAUCUGGUAACAAACAAAAAAUAAAUGGUGAUAGGUUAUUGAAUGAUGUGUCUGAAAUGUCUUAUAAUGCUGCUCCAAAUGUUUCUUCUGGUUUAAUUGACUAUGAUGCUGUUGAAUUGCGUAAUCUGACGAAGAAACUUCUCUCACAUUCAUAUGGUUGUACUGAACAAGGUUUAUCCGAAAAAGAUACAAAAGAUUUUUUUCUGGCAUUGGAAGUUAUGAUGGAUACAAUAAAGAGUUUUACAGCAUUCUGUAACCAUGGUGUAAAACCUGAAGUCUUGAGGCAGGCAGAAGAAGUUAAAAUAAACCAGAAAGUACAAAAUGAACAAAAUGUUUUGCAAAAUCUAAAACCACUUGGAAAUAAUAUUGAUAGUUCAAUCCACAAGAAAAAUGAUGGAAAUGAAACCAAUAUUGUAAAGAGUGAAGAUAAGAAUAAUAAAGAAGUUUCAGGUGACAAGUUACCUGGCAACCAAGAUAUACGCCAUUGUAACCCACAAACCUACAUAAAGUCAACUGAUGAAUACAUUUCAGAUCUAAAAAUUAAGGAGAAAAAUUUGAAGGAUUUACUAUCUGUUGGCAAAAGAUCAACUAAUGAUAAUGGUGAAAAAAAUGUUGCAUAUGAUCACCUAACAAAGAAUGAUGUUGAUCCGAAUGUUACUACUUUAAAAUCUCAUAACAUGUUGAUGAACACUGAUUCAGAUAGUGAUGAUUGUGAAUUGAUUAUGAAGAACUCUCCAGAAAAUAUUACAAGUCUCAAAAACAUCACCAACAAAACCAUUUCACAAGAGGAGAAUAACAGUCAGAAAGCUUAUUGUACAACAGUACAAAACAACAGUGACAUUUCUUCUUUGAAGCAAUUAAAAGAAAGCCGAUCAGACGCAGAAAGUUCUAAGAAACAAAACAUCAAAAAAGGUUUCUUAGGAUCUGCUCCUGUUAACAUUCUGCCAGUGACUCUACAUGGUGGUGAUGGUUUAUUAGGGGCAGUUCCUAAAAAAAAACAAGCAACAUUGAGAAACUUGAACUAUGGAUUAAAUGAUACUCUCUACUCAACUAAACCUGGUUGUCUUGGUAGUGCUCCCUCUGGACCCCAAUAUCAAGCUCCUAAAGGACAUUCAUUUGCAUCAAUAAAUUCUAUAAGCAAAACAUCAAAACCCUCUCAUAUCAGCCAAGCAUGUUCCAAAAAUCAAACAUCAUGGAAACCAGAUACUUGUGAUAAAACUUUGCCAACAUACACUACCAAACCUACAAUGGCUGAAAAGACCUUACCAAGGUCUCUGACCCAACUGUCACCUUCACCAAGAGGAAACUGUAAUUUUAGUUUUGGUCGUGGAAGAGGCUUCCUUUUUAAAUCCUGAAUGUUUUUUGCUUAAUAAUACAUUGAACAUUGAUAAUGUAUUGAACAUUUGCUGUAAAAAAC